GGCGGGUCGCUGAGGUGGGGGUUGGUGGAGGGCGCUUCCCGAGGGCGCGCGGAGCCGAGCCGGUGACAGACACGCACGCGCGCGUGCGCUCCCGGCUACUGCGCGGCGCCGCGACCCCCGUCGGGCCGCUGAGAGGCGCGCGGAGUCCGCGCCGCAGCCGUCUAGGAUUCCAGCCCAGGGGCGUCCCCGACGUCCCCAGCCCGAGUUUCCGAGCGCCGGGCCGCGCCCGCUCCUGCCCGCGUCGCGUCCCCGCUGCCGUCUGAGACUGUCCCUUAACUGGUCUCUCCGCACCGAGGGCCGGGUCCUCGCGGCCCAUGGUGGUCGCUGGGGACCCACGCAGCCUAGGUCUGUCUCGGGCCGGCCAGCCGGCCACCAUGGUGGCCCUGAGGCCUGUGCAGCUUCUCCAGGGAGGCUAAUAGACCUAGGGGUGAGAGGGUCUCUGGCCAGAACCCUGCGCCAUGGCUGGAGCCAUCGCUUCCCGCAUGAGCUUCAGCUCGCUUAAGAGGAAGCAGCCCAAGACAUUUACGGUGCGGAUCGUCACCAUGGACGCCGAGAUGGAGUUCAACUGCGAGAUGAAAUGGAAAGGGAAGGACCUGUUUGACUUGGUGUGCCGGACGCUGGGGCUUCGGGAAACCUGGUUCUUUGGACUGCAGUACACAAUCAAGGACACUGUGGCCUGGCUCAAAAUGGACAAGAAGGUGUUGGAUCAUGAUGUUUCAAAGGAUGAACCAGUUACCUUUCAUUUCCUGGCCAAAUUUUAUCCCGAAAAUGCUGAGGAGGAGCUAGUUCAAGAGAUCACACAACACUUAUUUUUCUUACAGGUGAAGAAGCAGAUUUUGGAUGAAAAGAUCUACUGCCCUCCUGAGGCUUCGGUGCUCUUGGCUUCCUAUGCUGUCCAAGCCAAGUAUGGUGACUAUGACCCCUCUGUGCACAAGCGGGGAUUUUUAGCCCAAGAGGAACUGCUUCCAAAAAGGGUGAUAAAUCUAUAUCAGAUGACUCCGGAAAUGUGGGAGGAGAGAAUUACUGCUUGGUACGCGGAGCACCGGGGCAGAGCCAGGGAUGAAGCUGAAAUGGAGUAUUUGAAGAUAGCUCAGGACCUGGAGAUGUAUGGUGUGAACUACUUUGCAAUCCGGAAUAAAAAAGGCACAGAGUUGCUGCUUGGAGUGGAUGCUCUGGGGCUUCAUAUCUAUGAUCCUGAGAAUAGGCUGACCCCCAAGAUCUCCUUCCCUUGGAAUGAAAUCCGAAACAUCUCCUACAGCGACAAGGAGUUUACUAUUAAGCCACUGGAUAAGAAAAUUGAUGUCUUCAAAUUUAACUCCUCAAAGCUUCGUGUUAAUAAGCUGAUUCUCCAGCUAUGUAUUGGGAACCAUGAUCUAUUUAUGAGGAGAAGGAAGGCUGACUCUUUAGAAGUUCAGCAGAUGAAAGCCCAGGCCAGGGAGGAGAAGGCUAGAAAGCAGAUGGAGCGCCAGCGGCUGGCUCGAGAGACGCAGAUGCGGGAGGAGGCUGAGCGCACCAGGGACGAAUUAGAGAGGAGGCUUCUGCAGAUGAAAGAAGAAGCAACGAUGGCCAACGAAGCUCUGAUGCGGUCUGAGGAAACAGCUGACCUGUUGGCUGAAAAGGCGCAGAUCACGGAGGAGGAGGCCAAGCUUCUGGCACAAAAAGCUGCAGAGGCUGAGCAAGAAAUGCAGCGUAUCAAGGCCACAGCCAUUCGGACAGAGGAGGAGAAGCGCCUGAUGGAGCAGAAGGUGCUGGAGGCGGAAGUGCUGGCACUGAAGAUGGCUGAGGAGUCGGAGAGGAGGGCCAAAGAGGCCGAUCAGCUAAAGCAAGACCUUCAGGAAGCCCGAGAAGCAGAGCGAAGAGCCAAGCAGAAGCUCUUAGAAAUCGCUACCAAGCCCACAUAUCCACCCGUGAACCCAAUCCCAGCACCACUGCCCCCUGACAUACCAAGCUUCAACAUUAUUGGUGACAGCCUGUCAUUCGACUUCAAGGAUACUGACAUGAAGCGACUUUCCAUGGAGAUAGAGAAAGAAAAAGUGGAGUACAUGGAGAAGAGCAAGCACCUGCAAGAGCAGCUCAACGAGCUCAAGACGGAAAUUGAGGCCCUGAAACUCAAAGAGAGGGAGACAGCCUUGGACGUCCUGCACAAUGAGAGCUCAGACAGGGGCGGCACCAGUAGCAAGCACAAUACCAUUAAAAAGCCUCAAGCCCAAGGCAGAAGACCUAUCUGCAUUUGAGUCCUCAAACUCACUCUGCAGAGCGCCAAGUCCCGAGUGGCCUUCUUUGAAGAACUCUAGCAGUGACCCAGCCACCUCAGGAUCUGCCACUUCUGCCCCUGACAGCGACCGGAUGGCCCUGGCCCCGUGGGAGCCAUCAGUAGGGGACUGGCUUAUUUGGGAAUUCUGAAUAGAGGGCCCAGUUCCCUUCAUGUGCAGUUGGUUUUGAACUCUGGCCCUGUAGAGAGCUCUCGAGGUGUCUAGCUCUGCCUGCAUCUUUCUUUUCUUUGUGUUUUUUGUUUUGUUUUGGGUUUUUUUUGUUGUUGGUUUUUUUUUUUUUUUUUUGAGAAGUAUUUGUUGUUGUGCAUGGCUGCCAUCCUUCCUGCGUCCUAGGCACUGUGAUGCAGGUGUCCAAGUGCCUGCUGCUCACUCCAGAACCUGGUUUGGGAAGUGGCUUUAGGAAUCCAGUGUGGAGGCUGCCUAAAAUCUACCAUGCUGGUGCUACCCGCUCCCCCACAGGGGUUCUGAGAUAUGCCUCUCCUCCACAAUGAGGACCGGACACGGUGCAGAAGCAUGGCCAGGCUGAGCUUAGAGCCGGCAAUGACGGUUCCUCGGCCAGGCUCCUCCCCUGAGACAGUGUUGUAGCUGUCUGAUGGCAGGAAGCAUCAGAGGAUGGGAGCUGUGAUGAGAGGCUGAAGGGCUGGGAGGCGAGUGGAGCCCAUGCGGGCUCUGAGAGGAUAGUGUGUACAGGACUUCCUUCAGGCUCCAUGCUUGCCUGUGGUCUGCCAGGGGCUUCCUGGUCACAUCCCCAUCAGUGCCUGGGCUGCGACAAGGGCCUCCAUUAUCCCACUCAGCACAUGGAAUCCCAGAGCCCGGCUGCCUAUCCCAACAUAUUCUUCACAGCUCUCUAACACCUAGGCCUCGUGGUCUUCCCUGAGGAUCCUUCUUUCGCUAGCCUGACAUAGGUGUCCACUCACAGUUCAGCAGUCUCACAGGUGAACCCUAUGGGUUGCCUCCAUGCUGGGCAUCAGAUGCAUACCAUGUGGCUCUACCUGCAUAAUGGGUGUCACUAACAGAGCAGGUGGUAUGUCUCAAUCCAUGAGAAGAUGUGCAUUAACUGAAGAGUGGGGUUGAGGGACUGGGAGCAAAGAAAUGCUCCAUAGUACCAUUUGAUUUUGAGAAACUGAGGCACUCUACCUUGUUCCCACUGACUGGCUGCUCGUGUGGCCACUUCGCCAUAGUUAGCCACCCCUGAGGGUUACCCCAGCCUCCUUGGACACCUGGGUUAGGACUCUAGUCUGGAACCUGACUCUGUUGUCGAGCUGUCUUCUCGGGCCUGAAACACAUGCCUGGCUUUCUUCCUCUCUGUAAAUUGAAUCUUUGACAAUGGUUGUGGACACAGGCCCAUGAUGCUGGUUUAUAAAAAUUACGUCCGGCCUUGUUUUUUAAUUUAACUACUGAUGUGUCUCAAAUUUUCAAGCUAUAUGGCCACAUGGGAACCCUGGUAUUUGAGCAGUGGCAGGUGUGACCAUUGCCUGGUAGGUGGGACCUGAAGCCCACUCAGUCAGGAGCACCUCGGCUCCCCCGGAGAGGAAGGCUGGGGCCCUCAGUAUCUGCAGCCCCGUAGGAGGGCUGAAAGCAGUGCCCUCGAGUCUGCCUGAGCCCUUUCUGUAGGCAGCUGAAGAGUCAAGGAGGAAAUGUCCCUGCAGUCCAAGGAGCGGGCCCAGCCUUCACUGUUUCAUUUCUAGCUGCCAUGGCUCUUGUGCAGAGGUACCAUGAUACUGAAAGAGUUACUGCUCAGUGCGGGACACUGAGGCCUUGCUGUUGGCCUGUGGCCAGUCUAUAUCUUGACUAAGGUCAUACCUCAGCCGCCACAGCACUCUGACCUGAGGUGACUGCUCAGUUAUUUAUGUAGUAGCCAGGCCUUGCUGGACAACACCCAUGGAUGUACAUAACACUCCUUGAGUUACUGUUUUAUCUUGUAGACAGGUUUCUCUUGCUCCCUCACUUUCAGAAAAGUCCAGAGGCUGACAACCAACAGCAGUGACUAACUGUCCUUGCCAACAGGGCCAGAGGCUCAAAACCCUUGGUGCAAGCAGCCUUUGUGGGGGGUGCGGGGGAGGUUGGACUCCACCUCUCCCAGAUGCCUUGUGGCCAAGCCAGAGCAAUGCCCAUGGGCUUCCAUUCCUCUGUUCUCUCAUUAUUGACUGCUCACUCCUGUUGGGCCCAGAACAUAAAGCUGUUUUCUAUUUGGGGUGGGGUGAUUGUAAUUUAAGUGAUUGUUUAAAUAAAAUCUUAAGUGCAAGAGUC